AUGUCUUCAAGUGAAGACAGUGCAAAUGCCGAUCAAGUUGUUACUAUUCGAGCAGGUGUUAUUGGUAAAAAUCCACGUAGUAAUCUUGAUCCAAAAGUUGCUCGGACCAAGGCUGAUUUAAAUAAUCAUGCCAAUCAACUCAACCCAAACAAUCCAAGAUAUGCUGGUCAUCAAGAGCGACUUGCCGCUGCUGCAGCUAGUCAUGAAGCAGCAAUUCUACACGAACAAGCUAAAGCUGCAUAUCAAUAUGCUGCGCAAAUAGAAGCUGCUGCUAUGAAAGCUCAAACAGUUGCAAUUGAGUUGCAUCGGGAAGCUGCGCUCUGUGCACAACAUGCACGCACGGGUUUGAAUGCUAGUAGAGGUGGCCGAGGACGCAACCACAGACAUGGUCGAGGCCAUCGACGAGUCGGCCAUAUUGUUGCUGGUCAAGAUGGGCAAGAAAAUAAAUGUAAUCAAGAGCGUCAUGAAGAUGGAGAGCAUGAGAAUCAUGGAUAUGACGCAGAAGAUCGCGAAGACGAACAUGAUCACCAGCAAAAUGCGGCCGAUAAUAAUCAGCUAUUACCUCAACAGCAAAUGAAUCAAUCAUACAAUUGA